AUGGUAUUGGGAGAAGAAGUAACAGAUGUCAAUCGAGUUAAAUGUAAAGCAAUCGUUGACUCUUAUCAUCCGCCAUUGGAAGUUAUCUAUACAAGUGGCGAAGGCAACCGACGCCCUUUCACAAUUGGCAAACAAGUUGCUGCGCGGGAUCCAUUUACAUAUCAUUGUUAUGUUGACACCCCUCCCUCUUCUCCUCGUAUUGGAAAUACGGUGAUUAGUAAUGAUGAAGCGAUAAACUACUUUGAUUCUUCAUCCGUUUCUUCUGACGAGUUCGGCUACAAUAAUUUAAAGCCAACGAAGCACUGUGUACUUGAUUUCUUCAAAUGCGUCGCGUCGAAAGAUGAGCCAUUGAACAAAGAAUUAUACAGAUUUGGUCAUUAUAACUAUAUCGAAUUAUUUGACCUUGUCAAAAUCUUUAUGCCGAAUAUAGUUGACAUUCACUCUCCUGCACAAGUGACCGAUUGGUUGUCAAAGGAUGGCCGAUUUGGCUACUCGCAAGUUGCACGCGUCGGUAGCAAAAGAGAAAAGCGACGAUCUUUGUGGAUAAUCAAGCAAGACCAUUGGGAUAAAGUCUUGAAAGAUACCUUUAACACGAAAUCGUUUUUGGAGGCAUCAAUGGAAUCACAUGGUUGGAUCAAUAUCGGUUAUGCACGAAAAUCACGCACACACGAUCCUGUGGGAAAUAGGAUCAAGUCAAUGCAAAAGAUGACAGAUUGCCUCCGUAUCAAAUGUCACUGUGCGAAAGUCUUCUUGUCCCCCAUGUGCUCCUCUGGAUCGAAAUUAUGCCAACGUGAUACAAAGCCUAAUCUCAAUAUCAUGGACGGUGUUCGCCAUAAGCAUGGUGAUAUGCAAGAUUUGAUUAUGUUUGCGAAAUCAACCAAUUUUUCCGUACGACUUGUUGUGCUAGACUACGCUGGCUUAUCCACGGAUCCCAUGGAUGUACGAAAAUUUGUCAAAGAACUUAAAUCAAUCAAGGAACUGGUUGUAUAUCAUGGACACAAAUUCGAAUCAAUACCACGACAAAACGUUCUUCGUGGAAAUAUUAUCAACAAAUUUGAUUGUCGGCCUGGUUGUGUCAAGCGUUCGAUGAUAUGA